AUGCAAGGCCUCUGCUUGUCUCACCGCUUGGUUACCCCGGCCACUCACCGGUUGUGUCCUGUUCCGGUCAUCGGCAUUUCAACCAGAACCUCAAGCUCGACACUGUCAUGUGUCCCAAAACUGAACUACGUCCCGAGUAUCAGAUGCUGCUCUCAGAAGAACCAGUCUUUAACAACUGAUGCAAAGAAGUUCGAAGAGGCAUCAAAGCAUGGGAAUCUUGUUCCUCUUUACCGGUGCCUCUUCUCUGAUCAACUCACGCCGGUUCUUGCAUAUCGGUGUUUGGUGAAGGAGGAUGAUCGAGAGGCCCCAAGUUUUCUGUUUGAGUCAGUCGAACAGAGCACUCAGGGGAGGUACAGCAUUGUUGGUGCUCAACCAGCAAUGGAAAUUGUUGCAAAAGAAAAUAAGGUGACUGUUCUUGACCAUGAAGCAGGCUGUUCUAUUGAGCAGUUUGUCGAGGAUCCCAUGGCGGUUCCGAAACGAAUCUCGGAUAACUGGAGGCCUCAGCUCAUCGAUGAACUUCCUGACGCUUUUUGUGGUGGAUGGGUUGGAUUCUUCUCAUACGACACAGUCCGGUACGUGGAGAAGAAGAGACUGCCGUUCUCGAAGGCUCCGGAGGAUGACAGGAAUCUACCGGACAUGCAUUUAGGACUGUAUGUGGAUGUUAUUGUCUUUGAUCAUGUAGAGAAGAAAAUCUAUGCUAUUCAUUGGGUGAGGUUAGACCGGUACUCCUCGGUUGAGAAAGCGUAUAAAGAUGGAGCAAGACGGUUGGAAAAUUUAGUGGCUCGAGUCCAUGACAUAGAGUCGCCAAAGAUUUCUCCAGGUGCUUUCAGUCUGGAAACUCAGAAAUUUGAUCCAGCUCUGACCAUCUCCAACAUGACGGGCGAGGCAUACAAGAACAUUGUGAAGCAGGCAAAGGAGCAUAUUCUGUCCGGGGAUAUAUUCCAAAUUGUGCUGAGUCAGCGAUUCGAACGGCGUACAUUUGCCCAUCCGUUUGAAAUCUAUAGAUCCCUGAGGACAGUAAAUCCUAGUCCCUAUCUGACUUACCUGCAGGCUAGAGGAUGCAUACUGGUAGCUUCCAGUCCAGAGAUUUUAAUGAGUGCCAAAAAGAAGAAGAUUGUCAACCGGCCAUUAGCCGGAACUGCGAGACGAGGCAAGACAUUGGAAGAGGACCAGCAGUUGGAGGUUAAGCUUCUGCAGGACGAGAAGCAGUGCGCCGAACACAUAAUGCUGGUGGACUUAGGACGCAACGAUGUUGGGAAGGUCUCAAAGUCUGGCUCUGUUAAGGUGGACAGGUUAAUGGACAUAGAACGCUACUCGCACGUCAUGCAUAUCAGCUCUACGGUCACCGGAGAGCUUCGUGAGGGUCUCACUUGCUGGGACGCACUCCGAGCUGCACUGCCUGUGGGUACUGUCAGCGGUGCUCCAAAGAUGAAGGCCAUAGAGCUUAUAGAUAAGUUGGAAGUGAACAGGCGCGGCCCGUACAGUGGCGGAUUUGGAACAAUUUCAUUCUCCGGUGAUAUGGACAUUGCACUAGCUCUGAGGACCAUGGUAAUCCCAACAGCACCCCGGUUUGACACAAUGUACUUCUACAACAAUGGCAACACCCGCCGCGAGUGGGUUGCAUAUCUCCAAGCUGGUGCAGGAAUAGUAGCGGACAGUGACCCAGAUGAUGAGAAUCUAGAGUGCCAAAACAAAGCUGCAGGUCUUGCUCGCGCUAUUGACUUAGCCGAGGCUGCAUUCGUGGAUGUUGAACAGUGA